AUGCCUCUUAGUCAUCGAUACCAACGACCUGUGCUACUCAUCUCGUACCCUACCAGAGCAGCUUCUCUUCGUGUGCACUCGUCAGAUCGUGAUGUUCAUCACCCCGAGGCCAACUCGUACAACCACAUCGACGCUGCCAUAUGCGGCGAGCUGAAAGACGAUGCCUGUAAGAAGGCAUGCAAUGAUUUGCUCAAGGGAUCAGAUGUCUCCCAGCGAGUCAUUUACCCUGACGAAGAGCAGUUCAAGGCGGCCGUUGUGGUUCAUCUCGCUCUGGAGCCCGAAGACUUCGGGAAGUUUAACGACUACUGGAAGAAGGGCGAGUGGGCGAAGAGUUAUGACUUGUUUGUGACUCCUGUGUUUUUAAUUUCAGAGGAGUUUGGCCUGCCGUGGCAUGUUGACGAGAACAAGCCGUUCUGUAGCGAGGCGUUCUUAGCUGCUGCAAGCAAGUGGCAGAAGAAAGAGGGGGGUAUCUACACCCUGAGCAUUGACCAGCUGUGCUACACCAUGGUCGCGGUCGAGUUUGAGAUGCUAUCUACCGCAACUGGCGGCGGAAACCGCGGAACAUUGUUUGCUCCAGCGGGUGCGACUCUGGCGGAAGCGGUCGCGACAGCAGGAGGGGGGCCGGCGUCACCUGCUGACGUGUCAAUCAGGAACGGGGUCACAGGAGUCACGGACACCCUACUGGCAGCUGACGGGUCCCGUUUUUUACGGCUGACUUCCGUCUUUCCCGCGUCGUCUAGCAGCGGUAGUAGCAGUAGUAUUAGCAGCGCGUUUGGCGGCCCAGGCGUGUCGCAAGCGCUGUGCGAACUCAAACCCGCGGCGCAGACCAACAAUGUCUCGCAGCAAGCGCAGCAGCAGCAGUCCCCGCGCCAGCUGUCCGUCUCGUUCUUUGCGCGCGCCAGCCUGUGCGCGGAGGGGGGAGGGGGUGCGGACGGGGAGGGGGAGCGGCUGUUGAAGGUGCUGCUGCUGGCAGUUCCGCUCAACGCUUCCGCCGCCGCCGCUGCAGGGGGAGGGGCAGCAGGGGGGGGAGGGGCAGCAGCUGGGGGAGGGGCGGAGGAUGGAGGAGCGGGGGAGCAGGUGUGGGGGGAGUGGAGGGUGGGUGUGCCGCUACCGCUCUCCUUGCUCAGGCGGGCCUGGGGGCCACGGCGGUUCCGGAGCUCUGGGCUGACGAGAGCAGCAGGAGCAGGGGCAGCAGCAGCAGCUGGGCGGAUAGCAGCAGGGGAUGCCGCGCCUGUAUCUCAACGUGAGACAGUAGCAGGGGGGGUUGUGGGAGCAAGGGCGGCAGCAGCCGCGUUCACUGUUGCUGCGAGUACGGGAGCGGGAGCAGGUGCGGGAGCGAAGGUGGGGAUGAAGAGAGAGGGAGUGGCGUUGGAAGCGGGGAGCAGUGCCAUCGACUUUGCGUCUGUCAUGCCCACUCCCGACCCCUCCCCCCUCAAGUCCUUCUCCCACUGGCCGCUCUCCAGCUCCCACCCGCUCCUCACAGCCGGCUCAGCACGUCGCAACCGCUCCUCCCUCUCCCUCACCACGCUCUCCGACCUCAGCGCUGCUGCUCUCGCGUUGCACCCUGCCCCCUUCGCCCUGCUCGCCCCUGCCACGCCCUCCUCCCCCUGCCGCCCCUUCUCCUUCUCCACCUCCUUUGCCUUGCGCAUCUCCUCCCCCAACGCCGCGGGGCUGGGCGGCGAGGGCUUGGCGUUUGUGAUGCUGCCGUCUCCCACGCUCGGCCUUCCGGGGCCAUCCCUGGGCUACGGCCGCCUGCUGCUGCCCCCGGGGAGUACAAUUGGUGCUGAUGAUUCCGGCUCCAUUGGUGCAGUGUCAUCUCAGCAGCACAGGAGCCUGGCAGUGGAGUUCGACACAUCCUCUUCCCCUGAAUUCUUCGACCGCCCCGACCACCACGUGGGGGUGAACCUGCACGGCAGCAUGCUCUCUCUCGCCUCUGCCCCCGUGCACCCCCUCGGCAUUCCGUCCCUCAACGCCGGUCAAACCCUCCUCGCCACCAUCCACUACAACGCCUCCUCCUCCCACCUCACCGUCUGGAUCUCCCCUGCCCCCUCCUCCUCCCGUUCCCCCUCCCCCUCUCGCUUCUCCCCUCGCUUCCCUGAUUUCCCUCGGUUGACCCGCCCUUCCUCCUCCUCCUCCUCCUCCUCCUCCUCCUCCUCCUCCUCCUCCUCCUCCUCCUCCUCCUCCUCCUCCUCCUCCUCCUCCUCCUCCUCCUCCUCCUCUUCUCGCUCCUCCUCCUACUCCGCCCCCCCUCUCCCGCGCUCGGCCGUGCUGAGCACAUUCCUGGACACCUGCGAGUGGCUGGGGGGGAACGACCCGGAGGCAGCAGCCCCUCCCCCGCCGCUGUUUGUGGGAUUCACAGCGGCCACGGGCAAGGGGGCGGAGCAGGCACAGGCGCAUGAGGUGCUAGGGUGGAAGUUUGAAGUAGGGGAGGCCGAGGAUCCGCUUCCGUUUUGGACGGCAGACUCGUUCUCCUUCCCCUACAUCACGCCAGCCACUCCCCUGCUGACACGUGGCAGCACACGGAAGCGUUUCUUCGCCGCAGACCUCUCCGUCGCUGCUGCUGACGUAGGGAGAGGGGAAGUGGGCGAGAUGGGGGGUAGGAAAGAGAGAAGGGCUAGUGAGCCACGUGCCCUGCCUUCCCCCGUCGCCCUCUCCUCCUGGACCUUCCGAUUCACAGGUAGGGAGAAAGGAGGAGGAGGGGAUGAGAAGGCAGUGGGAGGGGGAGAGAAGGGAAGGUGGGGAGAAUUGGAAGGGGCCAAGGAGGGGAAGGAAGAGCACCUGCCCAGUGGGACCCAUCUAGCCCCGUGCCUCACACCCUCUCUCUCCUCACCUCACCCUCUGCCUGCCUCACACCCUUCAUCCCUCCCCAUCAGACACCGACCCCUGCAAGGCCUCUCCAGUGCUUCCCUGUGGCACGGACCCUUUUUCCUCACGUUCCUUUGCUCUCCAUAUCCCCCCUCCCCAUCAGACACCGACCCCUGCAAGGGUUCUCCAGUGCUCCCCUGUGGCAUGGGUGCAUGCACCAAGGCACCUGCCCCGUGGGACCCGUCUGUCCUCCUGCCCUCCUGCAAGUGCCCUUUCAAUCUCCCCUCCUUCCAACCUUCUCAUCUUACCGGCCUGCCCUCCUGCUUCCCUGGUGAGACGUGGAGUGGGGUAGGCAAGGUGUGGAGUGCGGUCGGCAAAAGGUGGAGUGGGGUUGGCAAGAGGUGGAGUGUGGUAGAGACCUUCACGUGUCGCCAGCUCGCCAGCAACCCAUGCGCCCCGGGGGAUGCAUCGACAGCUGCUCACUCACUCACUCCUCUCUCCCCUCUCUGCCCCCCCCUUCCCCCCCAAUUCUCUUUCCCCUCCCCCAUCGUCCCCUCACCAGAGGCCUACACGUGUCGCCAGCUCGCCAGCAACCCAUGUGCCCCGGGGGUGUGCAUUGACGACAUAGACGGCACCUACUCCUGCCUCUGCCCCUCGCCCUACUUCCCCUUCUAUUUCUACCCCAAAGGCUCUGCCCGCUGUUACCAGUGUGCGUAA